CUCUGCCGCUCAUCCGCCGGAACAGAUCUCACAGCGAGCAGUGCGCGAUGAUUGGGCGCGCGAGGGUUUAAGCCGACUCAGGAUCAAGAAGUAAAACCCAUAUUUCUAGGGUUUACUUCUAGUGACGUCCAGGACCUCUCAACUCACAGAGAGUUUAGCAUCUCAACGCACGCGGCCAUGUAUCUUCAAUUCUACAUAAAUGAGAAUGGGGACAAGGUUUACACCACCAAGAAGGAAUCACCUCUUGGUAUGGCAACACAAUCUGCUCAUCCAGCUCGCUUCUCCCCAGAUGAUAAGUACUCCAGGCAACGGGUUCUUCUGAAGAAACGAUUUGGUCUGCUUCCAACCCAGAAGCCACCACCAAAGUACUGAGGGAUCAUUGAUGCACAAUAUUGGACGAACUUUAUGUUUCCUUCUGAUGUCAGAAAACAUGCCAUGCUCCCGGACAACUUCUGGGUUUCACGAAACUAGAAACUCUUGCGAUGCCAUUGUAUGAAAAACAUGGUUGUGUAGAACCUUAUGUCGAGGACAAUCUGCGGUUAAUUGUUUAUUGUUUACUUUAGUACUGAAGACUAAUUUCAAGGGAAUAACUGACAUCCAUGAUCUGUAUCUCUUCUUGUCUGUUA